AUGCCACAUAGCAACGGUUCAAAUAAUAGCAACGAACUCCCAUCUUAUGAAGCUACUAUGGAGGUCAGUAUAAACCACCUACUUUUGUUGACAAUGGCAAAUAGCAAUCGGUCACAUCAAGAUGGUGGACUUCCAUCCUACGACGAAACUAUGCUUGCCAGUAUAAGGCACGUUCUCCGCCUGACAGUGCCAAACAGCCGUGUUCAAUCAAUUGCCGAUGCAGCAAAUCUAUCUAGAGAAACGCAACCGCGAACCAGUAGACGUCAUGCCCAUAUAUGGGAGUCGACCAAUCGACGUUCAGAACCUGAUAGGAUAUCUUGCACAUUACUAGUUAUCGUUACGUGUUUAAUGAUCAUGGCUUUAUUACCGCUAGAAUGUAAAAUUGCCGAUUUCCUAAUCCACGCCUUCUCACGACCUGUGUACUUUUGA